GCAGUAAAAUUACAUUUUUAAAAAGACUACAAAACUUGAGAAAACUCAAGCUCCCAGAAUUCCUUUUAUCACUUCCGUGCAUACGGGUUGUCUAAGGGACAGUUGCACGGGUGGACUUCCUUUCGCUCCGACAUCUUGACGAGGAAACAUGCCUCCUAAACAGGACAAGAAGAAGGACACUGGGAAGUCCAAGAAGGACAAGGACCCAGUCAACAAGUCUGGAGGCAAAGCCAAGAAGAAGAAGUGGUCCAAGGGAAAGGUGAGGGACAAGCUCAACAACUUGGUCCUCUUCGACAAGGCAACCUACGACAAGUUGUACAAAGAAGUUCCCAACUACAAGCUCAUCACCCCCGCCGUUGUGUCGGAAAGGCUGAAGAUCCGUGGCUCUCUGGCCAGGAACGCCCUCCAGGAGCUGCUCGCCAAAGGCAUGAUCAAGCUGGUGUCCAAACACAGAGCUCAGCUGAUUUACACACGUAACACCAAGGGUGGAGAUGAGGAGGCAGCAGCAGCAGAGAAAGCAUAACCAGGUUCUCCUGUGUGCGUUUCCUGCAAGCUGUUUGUAAUGAAAAGUGUAAUAAAAUUGUAAAGACAAAA